AUGGAGAACUCCCACUCAAAUCAGCUCCGCUCCCAUACUGGGCCCGUUCUCGAACAACCUGACUAUCUUGACCUCCCCGUCCGAGAGGUCACCGACGAUGCCGAUCUUGAAGAAUAUACCACAGAGACAGCAGCAGGAGAAAUCAUCAAACCUAUCAAGUCCAAUGUCACCGGCAAUUUGGAGGAAUGGAAGCUGGUCACUUUCCACAUCGAUGAUCCCGAGAACCCAAAGAAUUGGUCCAAAGCAUAUAAAUGGUACUGCACAAUGGUUGUUGCCUUCACCUGUUUCGUCGUCGCUUUCUGCAGUAGUGUUAUCACUUCCGGUCUUCCUGGUCCGGUAGAGACAUUCAAUGUCUCAAUGGAGGUCAGCUUGGUUGUUGUCACCGUUUUUGUCAUUGGAUUUGGCGUCGGCCCUAUGGCCUUCGCCCCCCUGUCCGAGAUGGUUGGACGUCGUCCUUUAUAUGCUAUAACUCUGGGAAUUGCUGUCAUCUUUGUUAUUCCCUGUGCUGUUUCUAAGAACAUUGGUACCUUGAUCGUCUGCCGACUGAUCGACGGUAUUGCCUUCAGUGCCCCUAUGACUUUGGUCGGUGGUACCCUGGCAGAUAUGUGGAAGAACGAGGAGCGUGGUGUUCCCAUGGCAGCUUUCAGUGCUGCUCCCUUCAUGGGCCCUGCCAUUGGUCCCCUUGUUGGUGGUUACCUCUUCGAUAACUGCGGUUGGCGAUGGCUCUACUGGCUGCAACUUAUUCUCGCUUUCUGCGCCUGGGCUUUGGUUACUUUCACUGUCCCCGAAACAUAUGCCCCCAUCCUCCUCCGCAAGCGCGCUGCCAAGCUCCGUAAGGCCGAGAACGAUGAAAAGUACACCACCGAAGCCGAGCUUGACCCCCGCCCUCUUGGUCAGAAGCUGAGCAUCUACCUUUGGCGCCCCUUCCAGCUCCUUUUCCUCGAGCCCAUCGUCUUCUUGAUCUCCAUCUACAUGUCUGUUCUUUACGGUUUGCUGUACAUGUUCUUCGUUGCUUUCCCCAUCGUUUACCAGGAUGGCAAGGGAUGGAGUGCCUCCAAGACUGGUCUCAUGUUCAUUCCCCUGGCCGUCGGUGUACUUAUGGGUGCCGCCUGUGCUCCAAUAGUCAACAAGAACUACCUCACUCUUGUUGCCAAGUACAAUGGCAAGCCCCCUGCUGAGAUGCGUCUGAUUCCCAUGAUGGUUUCUUGCUGGUCAGUUCCUAUUGGUCUCUUCAUCUUCGCCUGGUCCUCUUACCCUCAUGUUCAUUGGCUUGGACCCGCUAUGGGAGGAUGGCCCGUUGGUUUUGGCUUCAUUUUCCUCUACAACUCCGCCAACAACUACCUGGUUGACACCUACCAGCACCAGGCUGCAUCUGCUCUCGCAGCCAAGACUUUCAUCCGAUCCAUGUGGGGUGCCUCCACUGUCCUGUUUACCAAUCAGAUGUACAACCGCUUAGGUUACCAAUGGGCCAGCUCUCUACUCGCUUUCAUUGCAUUGGCAUGCUGUGCCAUCCCAUACGUCUUCUACUUCUGGGGGGCAAAGAUUCGCUCCUUCUCCAGGUUCGCUUUCAGUGAUGAUGAGGAGCAGGCUAUCAAGGCUUAG